AUGGAGGAGCGGGACAAGUGCAGAUCUCCUGCACAUGCAUUCACCCGUGAGAAUUUGCGUCAGAAUUCUUCACCAGCUGCUGAUCAUUUUCAGAUUCCUACUUCUAGAGUUCAACAACGAAGUGGACUAAGGCGUGGAAGUAGUUCACAAAGAGGUGCAGGAACCUCCUGGAUCGCUGCCAGGAGUGGAUCCCAAGGAAGUCGUAGAAAACAAUCAUUCGAGACAACUUUGACAGAUACGAUGACGGAUUUUAGAGAGUUUCAGCGCCAAAGUCUGCAACAACUACGUCCAAAUUCUUUUGACGAAGAUGAUUACAAUGAAUUCGAUACUGCGGUGAAGAUAUUCGAAUCAAUGGAUCUUCCAAAUGACACCAAUUUCUAUUGGGCGUGCAUUCAUGCAUUUAAAGAAGAAAGAUUUUGGCGUAAGUACUUUAUUGACAGAGCCGAAAGAACCAUAGAAGAUAAGUUGAAGUUUUUACAAGCUCUUAGUGGAUAUACACCGGACGGCGAAUUCGUGGGAAAGCGGUUAGAAUCUGGACAAAAGUUUGGUAGUCCAACUUGUGGGCAAUGGAAUUCUGGUUUUCAACAAUGGGGAACACCUCCAAGUGCCCCGCAAUGGGGAACACUGCCAAAUGCGCCGCAAUGGAGUUCACCUUCAAAUGCUCCGCAGUGGGGUACACCGCCAAAUGCUCCACAAUGGGGUACACCGCCAAAUGCUCCGCAGUGGGGUACACAACCUUUUCCACAAUGGGGUGCGCCUCAAAAUUCUCAACAAUGGGGUUCAUCAACAAGUACUCAACAAUGGGGUCCUACAUCUGCUGUUCCUCAAUGGGGAUCAUCACCGACCACUCAUCAAUGGGGAUCAUCACAAGAUGCUCCACAAUAUAUUCCUCCGAGAAAUGUUCAACAUGGAUUUUCCCUAGAAACAGAAGUACAAACUACAACACGUGAAAAGAAAGUUCCUGUUUCCGAGAAUGUUAUCAGAGGAGUUUCACCGGAAUUCACGAACUAUGCUUCUACAAGUAAAGCAUCACGUCCACGAAGACGAGGAGGAUUAUUCAAUAUCUGGGGAACUGAACGAGGACUAAAUCUAAAUGAAACACAAGAAAGUGAUUCCACAUCGGAUAACUAG